CACGCAACUGGUCCUUCUGGUUCCUCUCUAUGGCUUAGAACUUGAAUUGUCGUGGCCCUAGUCCAGGAGCUAAGUUACACGCUCUACGACACUUUUGUGUUGGCGGGGCGAGGGAGGGACGAAGACACAACAAGCACUUUUUGUAACCAGCCCCGCGUGGAUGAAGCAGCUAUCAGAAGAGCUCAACUUCAACGAUGCGAUGGGUGUACUCCAUGACUACAGGCUUGUCGAACCUACAAACAUGUUCCAGGAGCCACAAGGAUACAGUAUACACGGUUGUCUACAUUCUUGGACGAUUCACAUAUUGAACGAGAAGCGGGACGGUUGCUUGAAUGAGCUUGCAGUUGAAAGUGUGGCAUCACAGGUUCCUUCACAAGAAGAAGCCGAAUAUUAGCUUCUUCAGAAGAGGCUCAUACCACAUGCGAUCCAGUCUUGUUCAACAGUACAAGGGAGCGACGGCCCUUCAAAUCGGGCUUUUCAUCCUCUAGGUUAUCUUUACGCUAGCCAGUGGAAACUAGGCGAGGCCGAGAAGAUGUACUUCCGGGCGCUCUAUGGGAAGGAGAGGGCAUUAGGACCG